UACAGACUCUUUCAGUUGGAGGUGGUUCCAGUCUCUCGCUCCGCCCCGCUCUAUAAGUUGCGGAGUCCCCAGAACAGUUCACAAGUCAGUUCGCUCUCACUGACACCAGGACGAAGAUGGAGUCCAGAGCCGAGCAAGUGGCGAUGAAUCCCCGUAGUUACCCGUACCAGGGACAGCAGCAGGUCCAGACCACCGUCGUUACCAUGGCCCCGAAUGUGCUGCCGUUCCGGGACCACCUGCUCUGGUCCAUUUUCAACUUCUUCUACCUGAAUUUCUGCUGUCUCGGAUUCGUGGCGCUGGUCUUCUCGGUCAAAUUGUUUUCCUUUAGUCUAGAGAUCGGAAAGUUGUGGGAGAUGCAGAAGGAGCUCGGCAAUAUGCGUCUACAGCCCGAGCACUCAACAUUGCAACCACAACGCUGAGUAUCCUGGUCUUCAUAAUCUUCUUCGCAUUGCUAUUCGCUGGCAUUAUUAGCUUGGGGUACAUUAAUCAACAUCGACAUUCCUAUGCAGCUGGGAAAUGAAGCGGAUGUGGCAGCACCUCAUUUUCCACAGUGGGAGCUGUUUUGUGACUGAACUCUUUUCAUGUUCUCCCUUUAUAUCAUUGCUUCCAUAAUAAUGUCUAUGUAGUGGCAUGUUUAAAGUAAUCACCUCACAGCAGUACAGAUUUCUUUUCUAUAAAUGGUUUGGCUUUGAUUGUAUUAAUAAAGCAAUUGACAACAGA